CCUCGCUCCCUUUCUUCCUGCCUCGCCUUCCUGCGGCGAAAGAGGCUCAUCUAUUAUAAAUGCACAUUCGGGGCUGACAUCAGCGGAGAGCGGCGAGCGAGCGCCGACGAGCGGUCCCUGCGCUCUGCCCGUCCAGAGCGCGGGCCCCCCCCCACCCCAACCCCCCCGGCUCGGCUGAGCCUCCCGCGGGGCGCGGGGAACGCGCCCAGAGCCUCCCGGGCAGCCAGCGCAAGGAGACGCGCGGGACCCCUUCCCGCCGCCGCCGCCCGGGCCCCCAUCGGACCCUGCCGCCGCCCCCGCACGCCGUGCCCGCGCCCCCGCAGCGCCCGGGAGUUCCUGCAUGACUGUCACAAAGGUGACUGUGGUGCACGCCCAAGUUUGAGAAGCCCUGAUGGAUACCUGCAAUCGCUGGGGAUCUUGUCAAACUGUGGACUCUGCUUCCGUCCCAGAUGUCCUGGCGUCCGCAGUACCGAAGCUCCAAGUUCCGGAACGUGUACGGGAAGGUGGCCAACCGGGAGCACUGCUUCGAUGGGAUCCCCAUCACCAAGAAUGUGCACGACAACCACUUCUGCGCUGUCAACGCCCGCUUCCUGGCCAUCGUCACCGAGAGCGCGGGAGGAGGGUCCUUCCUAGUCAUCCCCCUGGAGCAGACAGGCAGGAUUGAACCCAACUACCCCAAGGUCUGCGGUCACCAAGGGAACGUGCUGGACAUCAAGUGGAACCCCUUCAUUGACAACAUCAUUGCCUCGUGCUCAGAGGACACAUCGGUGCGCAUCUGGGAGAUCCCCGAGGGCGGGCUGAAGCGGAACAUGACGGAGGCUCUCCUGGAGCUGCAUGGGCACAGCCGGCGCGUGGGGCUGGUGGAGUGGCACCCCACCACCAACAACAUCCUGUUCAGUGCCGGCUAUGACUAUAAGGUCCUCAUCUGGAACCUGGACGUGGGUGAGCCUGUGAAGAUGAUCGACUGCCACUCGGACGUGAUCCUCUGCAUGUCCUUCAACACCGACGGCAGCCUACUCACCACCACGUGCAAGGACAAGAAGCUGCGUGUGAUUGAGCCACGCUCUGGCCGUGUUCUGCAGGAGGCCAACUGCAAAAACCACAGAGUGAACCGGGUGGUGUUCCUGGGGAACAUGAAGCGGCUUCUCACGACAGGGGUCUCCAGGUGGAACACAAGACAGAUUGCCCUCUGGGACCAGGAGGACCUGUCCAUGCCUCUGAUUGAGGAAGAAAUUGACGGGCUCUCCGGCCUCCUGUUCCCCUUCUAUGAUGCCGACACCCACAUGCUGUACCUGGCUGGAAAGGGUGAUGGAAACAUCCGGUACUAUGAGAUCAGCACGGAGAAGCCCUACCUGAGUUACCUCAUGGAGUUCCGCUCUCCAGCCCCGCAAAAAGGCCUCGGGGUCAUGCCCAAGCACGGGCUGGAUGUGUCGGCUUGCGAGGUGUUCCGCUUCUACAAGCUGGUGACUCUUAAGGGCCUGAUCGAGCCCAUCUCCAUGAUCGUGCCCCGGAGGUCGGAUUCCUACCAGGAAGACAUUUACCCCAUGACGCCAGGCACGGAGCCAGCUCUGACCCCCGAUGAAUGGCUGGGAGGCAUCAACCGAGAUCCCGUGCUGAUGUCUUUGAAAGAAGGCUAUAAGAAGUCCUCAAAAAUGGUAUUUAAGGCUCCCAUCAAAGAAAAGAAGAGCGUUGUGGUCAAUGGAAUAGAUUUAUUAGAAAAUGUCCCACCCAGGACAGAAAACGAGUGUCUAUGGGUGCCUGUGGCUCAAGAUCUCUCACCAGGGUGUGAAGUGUCAGCCAAGGCUGCAGUCACAUCUGAAGGCUCAACUGCUUCCAAGUUCACUCACAUGGUUGCUGGCAGGACUCAUUUCCUCCCAGGUUGUUGGACUGAGGGUCUCCGUUCCUCAUGGGCUGUCGGCCAGAGGUGCUCCCCAGCUCGGGCCCUUGCCCUGUGGACCUCUCCAUAGGGCAACUCACAACAUGGCAACCGGCUUCCCUCGGAGUGAGGAAGAGAGGGUGUCCUAGAUGGGACACCAGUCUUUUUGUAACCUGACCUUGGAAAAGACAUCUCAUUACUCCUCCCAUAUACUAUUCAUUCGAAGCAAAUCGCUAGGUCCAGUCUACCAUGAGGGCAGGGGAUAAUGUGGGGUGGGGGGCAUCUAGAGGUUUCUUAUCACAACAACUCAUGGUUAUCACUGUUACUCACAAAAAUAAGGCUAUUCCUGACCUCUGGGACCUCACGGUUUUAAAGUGGAAAUUGACAGGUAAACUGGUCAUUAUUAUCCUGUAUGUUUAUGUGCUAUUAUAGAGGGAUGUUGAGAUUUCUAGGGCUGGUUGAAAUCAUGUGAUAAAUAGGAUUUGCUUCAAAAUAACCCCUGGGGGGGGGGUGCAGGGAAGUGGGCAGGAGCUAAUACCAAGAAUAGGUAGAUGUCAUGCAGGAAAAGCAGUAACAUAUGUCAUUUGUUGAAGCUGGUUGAUGAGUACUUGGAGAUGUAUGGUGUUAAUCUUCCUACUUUUUAUGUAUUAGGCAUUUUCUAAUAAAAAUUGUUUUACGUACUCUGAAAAGGUAGAAGUACCUGAAUUGCUUUUCGAGCCCACGUGGGCCAUACCAGGAGCCUGAGCUCAGUUCCAGCGCUGGUGUGCAACAGGCAGCUCGGACUGAUAGUGAAAGAGAACACCACCUAGCUGUUGACCUGUCCGUAUGAAUCAGAACCGAGGAGUCGGAGGGAAAUUGUAAAGAGUCUCUGAGCAGACAGAACAGAUGCCAGUCUCCCUACACUAAAGCCUGUGCACUGUCCUCAUAGGGAAGAGAGUCGCUCAGGGCCUGCUGACUCUGGUUUUACCCGCUGUGUUAGUCUUUACAGCAGGUCAGAAGCAGCCCGUUAGAAAGGGGGACCCGUUAGGGAAGCCCCCCGUUAGGGGGCUUCACUAAAAACCACUGGAUUGCACACUUAAAAUAAGGGAAAUUAUGGAGUGUCGAUUACACCCCAAUAAGGCCUUUCUAAACAAACGUCAAACAAUUACGCAAAGAAAUUUUGAGAAUUUGGAGGGCUCAGGAGUAUGUAGGAGCAAAUAACGUACUUCCCUCAGACAAAACCAGGGCUGUUCUGUUGGUUAAAAAAAAAAGUCAGUUAAAAGAAGAAAUCAUAAAAAUGACGUAUGCGUUCUUUAAACCACUCACGUUCAUUUAAAACAAUUACACUCAUUCAUUCAAUGCAUUUCGAAGCAGGACUGUUUCUUUGAGGACAUCCCCAGCUGGGCUGGGCUGGGCUGGGCUGUGUUUUUCUCAAAUAAAUCGCACUUCACCUCCAGUUUCAUUUCUGUUACGUAGAACAAGAACUUAAAAGUCAAUCUGGAAACAAAGCCCUAGUUUUUUCAAAGUUUCCCCCAGUUCUUUAAAAAGAAACGUCACCAAGGUUUAAUUCAUGUACAAUAAAAUCCAUCCUUUGUAGUGUGCAGUUCCCUAAGUUUUGACAAACGUGUAAAAGUUCUGAUGCGCGUGAAACCGCCCCACACAACCCAGAGACAGAAAACCCCCCAGUGUUUUGUGGAACGUCAACACACCUCAUUCAGCGGCAGCAUUUUUAGCAUCACCUUUACCAAGAUUUUUCUAAAGCAUUCAACUUAGUUUUAUAGAAACAGCAACUGUCUUUUUGUACUCACGCUUCAUCAGUUUAUACCCUAUUUAAUCACAUUAUGCAAUUACCAGAACAAACGGGACUCCCACCAGGGAGUUUGAGGAUGAACCCAACUGCUUGUUGGUAACCUUCAACUCAAGUCGGGGCGGGGGUCCUCCAGGAGCCAUGCCUUCCAGGCCUCAGUGUUCUGCGGGCACCUGUCCGUCUGUUCUACAGAGGAAACGGAGAGACGGCUUAAUCCAGGGGGUCGUCUAAGAGAGGGCCUGCCUGUGCCCACGCCAGCCGUGGGCGCAAACUGUGGUAGUCCUAGUCAGCAGGAAAAAGGCCAGAUCCGUUCUGUAUCCCGAGCCCCCUUAGGCAAACAUUUUAGAAAGGUUUCCACCCAGAACGGUAACUAAAAGUGUUAGGUUUGAACCCCUAAAAGGGUGAGGUUGGGAUGUUUGGGAAAAUGGC